ACACAAAACCUGAGAACAAAAACAUCCGCAGAAUCGAUAUCCCCAGAAUCACUACUCUACAAAUUCGAAUCCAAAGUUCAAACCCUAUUCUUCGAUUUUCGUAGAGCAGAUUAUUGUUUCCCUUUAGGUGUCUCCAUAGUUUCUGAAGAGAGAAGGAUGGAUUGGGACAGCGUUGCUGCUGAGGAUGUGAUUGAGGCGUUAAGAGAGGUUGAAUGGUCGGCGAGUCCUCGUUCCUUGGCCGAGUUCUUCUCCAGAUUCGCGUUUCCUCGCUCUUUCUCUAAAUGGAUGAGCCGUCUCAAAUGCAAUCUCUACUACUAUAGGACGAAUUACUUCAUCCUCUUCGUUUUCGUUCUGGGUCUUGCACUUAUCACUCGACCUCUGGCAAUUCUUGGUGCUGCUCUUACAGCUUUAAGCUUAGCUUUCCUAAACGACAGUUUUGCAGCUACUUUUAAUGAGAAGAUGAUCCGGACCAUUAGGCAUUUCUCGCCACAUUUAGCUGCAAAGAUGAGGCCUCCCCACAUGCCUGUCAUUCGUGGGCGAUCUGCAACUAGAAAGACAGUCUACAUUUGUGGCCAACCACGUUUGGUAUUCGUCUUACUUGGCUUAACCGCCAGUUUUGUCCUGUGGUUUACUUCAUGUGGUUUGUUAUGGGUCCUCUAUGCACUUACCACUGCCCUUCUCAUGAUACUUCUUCAUGCAAGCCUGAGAACUCCAAACCUCAAGGCCCGCUUGAACACAUUCCGUGAAGAAUUCAGGGCUGUCUGGCGUAACUACAGCGAACUUUAAAGUCAACAUAAAGCAUUGAUUCGAUCUUAUUGCAAACCAACCCGGGACAUCACAGGGGUUUCGAGGAAAGACAUGAACUCCAAUUCCUUCAUCAUGUGCACAAACAAUCGCAGUUAUUCUUGUCUUCCAGUAGUAAGCUAGUAAAUUAUAAGGCCACUGGUCUGGUUACAGAUGCGGCUCUUUGUUCUAGUUAGUUGACUAGAACUACAAGGCAGAAUAUAGUGUUGUUUUCUUAAGGUUCUUUGUAUACUCUUUCAGUCUAUAAAGUGUGUAAGUGAUUCAGUUUUACAAAAUCUUUCAUUGGCUUUUUCUACGUA